GACGAGCGGCAAACGAGCAGCAGUCGGCCGCUGACCGUCAACGGCGUGCUGUGCAUAUCAGCUCCACGCUUAAUUGUUUCCUUGCUAACGCGUCGAAGACUGACAAAUGAGUAAAUCCGCUGCGCAAAUAUUGGAGAAACUAUUAUUCUUUCCGUAUCGACAGAGCUUCACGUGACAAAAUAAUCCGAACGCACAUUGUGACUCACUUUGCGACAGUGAAUCUAAUCAAAAUGGUGUAUGUCAUCGCAUUAUCUCUGGUAGCUGGCGCCUUGGGUCUCUAUUAUUUACUCUUCAAGGACUUCGGCUUCUUUAAGAAACAUAACAUCCCGUAUCCGAAGCCCCUCCCGUUAUUUGGUAACAGGGCGCUGACAAUCCUGCGUAAGCAGUCGUUGGCGGACUUCGUGAAGGAGAUGUACAACUUAAAUUCCGAGGCCAAAUAUGUCGGUAUGUAUGACUUCACUACGCCGGUAAUAGUACUGCGUGAUCCUGAGCUUAUCAAGUCCAUCACGCUCAAACACUUUGACACGUUCCCGGAUCAUCGUAUUUUCAUCCAGGGCGAUCAAGAUCCGAUCUUCUCCAAGAACCUCCUUUCUCUCCGCGGCGAUAGAUGGCGGGAGGUGCGCACUACGCUGAGCCCGGCAUUCACGUCCAGCAAGAUGAAAAGCAUGUUCAAGCUCAUGUCGGACUAUGCUGUCGACUUUGCCAAUUUUGUGGCGGAACUGUCGCCGGAGCAGAGAGUGGUGGAGGUGAAGGACAUCCUCACGCGCUACACCAACGACAUGAUCGCUAUCUGCGCUUUCGGCGUCAGCGUCGACUCCAUGCGAGACCCAAAGAAUCUUUUCUACGAGAACGGCAAAAAAGCGACUACUAUUAACACUGUCGCCAUUCUCAAGUUCUACAUGUUCAGGAACUUACCGAAGCUGGCGCGAAUACUCAAGCUGAAAGUCGUCGACGAGAAGCUCGCGAAAUACUUCCGGGACGUAAUAGAGACUACCAUUAGGACUAGAGAUAAAGAGGGCAUCGUCCGGCCGGAUAUGUUGCAGUUAAUGAUGGAAAGUAGAGGCAAGAAAGACGGUAAGAUGGAACUGACGAUGGAGGACAUGGCCAGCCAGGCCUUCAUCUUCUUCUUCGGUGGCUUCGAGAGCACCGCGACGUUGAUGUGCUUCGCCGCGCAUGAGAUUGCGAUUAACGAGGACAUACGAAAGAGACUGCAGGAUGAGAUCGAUCAGGUAUUGGCGGACACAAAUGGCCAAGUGUCGUAUGAAGCGAUCAACAACAUGGAAUACCUGGACGCUGUGGUGAACGAGGCUCUCAGGAAGUACCCGGUCCUUGUGGUAAUGGACAGAUUAUGUGUCAAGGAAUUCGAGCUACCGCCGACGCUACCGGGCGUAAAACCCUUCACCAUGAAGAAGGGCCAAGCCGUGUGGGUACCAAUAUACGGGCUCCAUCAUGACCCCAAGUACUUCAAAGAGCCGGACAAAUUCGAUCCUGAACGGUUCCUCGGCGAACAAAAGAAACAAAUCCUCAAUAGCGGGGUUUAUCUGCCGUUCGGGUUGGGCCCCAGGAUGUGCAUAGGCAAUCGAUUCGCCUUAAUGGAGACCAAGGUGUUACUCUUCCAUUUGCUGGCACGAUGCGACCUUCUACCUUGCGAGAAGACACCGAUACCGAUUCAGUUAGCCAAGGAAGGUUUCAUUAUGAUACCUGAGGGUGGUUUCUGGCUGAAAGUGGUGCCGAGGAAGGAUCCCCAUCAUACCGUUGCAAUUAACAACGCCAAAGGCGCGUGCGAGCUGUAGGAAAGAUUCUGUUGUUUUGUGGAUCUCCCGAGGUUUCGAAUGUACAAGAUAAGACGGGGAAGGACAAGGUCGUGAGGAUGAAAAGACCGCUGCUCUUUAUAUCUCGACUUUCUGAUGCUGAAGAAUAGUGUCAAUAACUGGGACGACACAACUGGGAAAUCAUACUUUACACAUAUAAAUGUAUCUUUGUGUAAUCCUUUUAUGCAAUUACACAUAUAUAAUAAUUAUCGAUAUUUUUAUAUCUCUUAGGUCACUGACACUAGUUGAGAAUUAUGUCUCGCGUCGGCAAUACGUGUACACCAUUAUUUUUUGCUAAUAGAAAGUGACACGAAAAAAUGUUGAAGCAGGAAGAAUCGAGUACCACAUCCAUCAUUAACUCCCGCGAAUCAACAAUGGAAUAAAAAAUGUAUAUCUAAUAACGAAUUUUUGAACGCAAUUUCGAUGGAGGCAAUUUGUUUGAUCAUUAUCCAGCACGAUUCAUGAUGAAUAGCAUAAGUAGGCAGACAUCACGCAUUCGAUGUAUGUCAUCAUAGGUGCUUAGAUUUAACUUUGGUAGGUCCGAGACAUGACAAUGUCUGCAUGACAAUGUUGUGCACGCGAUGUAUAAUAUCGUCAUCAACUAGCACAUAAUGGACAGAGUACGUGCAAAGGACCUUCCUUGGGUCCAAAAUUCUUUUUAAGCCUAAACAGAAAGUUUAUGAUUAAAGAAAAAGCAAAUAAACCAACCAUGCGUCCGUUGUUCUUCUUGCGGAUUAUAUAUAAAUGAUUGCAAUUAGUCAAUUUAUUACUGUUUGCGUCUUAAAAUAGCGUGAUGAAUCCGUGAUAUGAGCAAACCGGUGUGUUGAAAAAUGCGAAGCCGUGUUUCGGGGAAAAGAAACGACACUAUGGACUCUUUUUACAUGCAUCAUGAUGACCUCAAACACUUCCAAUAACAAAAAAAUUCUUUUUUGGAGCCUAAGAAAGAUUGUCUUUCUGCAAAGGCAGUACCAGCACUUAUAGCUUAUAAAUGCAAAUGAAGAACCUCGUACUUGAUCGAAGAAAACAGAGUUCACGGGGAUAAUAUUAUUCAUACUAUUCACGAAAUGUGCGAGAUAUUCCGAAAUAUAUUGUAUUUCGCUUAUUUUAAAUAAAAUGAAACGAUUUUAUUCUAACGUUGUUCAUAAUUUUAUGGUACAAUGUAUAUGCUGUUCUGACCUAUGAUUUUGUCAUUUUCCGCAUAUAUUAUUUCAUGGAAUUUCAAUAUUAUCAAAAUAUACUUGAUUUAUUAUACGUGGUAAAUCCGAAAUUACUAUUUACACAAUUCAAUAUUAUAUUCGUAACGACACAUACGAGAGCGAUUACGAGCACAUAUAUACGUAUAAUAUAAUAUUAAAAACUGCAGUAACAAUAAAAGAAGGCGGAAUCGCAAGUAAACCUUUGAGCCGUUUAAAUAAUAUAACAAAGUAUUACUCAUCACAACUAUCCGCUGCUUAAUAAAAGAUAUGAUCCCGAUUUACGAGAUAAACACAUGAUCUUUUAUGUAUUAGAUAAUCAUGGAUUAUGUCAACUUGUUUACGUAUAUAGUGGCUUAAAAAAUGAUGAGAAAAUAACAGGUUAUUAAAUAAGAGGUUAAAAAUAAAAAUAGAAGGAACAUGUUAUAAAUAAAUGAAUCGUUUGCUUCCAUGGAUAUUGAAUAAAAUUAGUCGUAUACUUUAACAAUGACAUGUAUAAUAUUGGCUGUAAAAAAAUGAUUGUCAAAUACAUAAUUGCGUGAUAUAAUUAUAAUACUUAAUAGCCGAAAAAGUACGGAUAAUAUUAUUUUUUGGUUUAGUGGAUAGAUAGUGAUAUGCACAAGCAGCAUGUAAUUUGAAUAUAUACGUCAAGAAAUUUCUAAGAAUCAAAGACCGUGGUUAAUAUGAAUAAGACGAAAUUAAAACGUUCACAAUUAUCAAUUUUUUCUCAAAAACAUGCACACACAUAUAUAGAUAAAGACACACAUCGAUUUUUUCCGGGCCGCAAGCGAUCUCAUUUAAUCUCAUAUUUUGUUCCAUAUUUUGAUGAGAGUUUAUUUCCUGACCGGUUGCUAGCAUUCAUUAAACACAUAUGAAUCUAUUAUAAAUGUAAAGCUAGUAACAUAAUAACGCAAAAUUUCCACAGACAAACACCAUUGCAUAUUAAAUGAACUUGUGUAACUGGUUUCUGAGACGAGGUAAAAAGUAUAUAAAAAAUAAACCUCAUGUUAUACGUCGGUAGUCA